GUAUUUCAGAUGCUCCUCGGAGCAUAAGCAUAGCACGAUUUUACGUUGUUUUGGGCGUUGUUGUUUCAUAAUAAAGAACGACUAAUAACAAAGUUAAAACAUACUGCACAGACUUCACAUGAGCUGAGCAGGAUAUGGUUCCAUGAGAGAAAUUGCAUAACGUGAUUCUUUGGAGGAUGAUGAUACAAAACACACUGUGGAACGAAACACGAAACAGUUGGACAUGUGGUUCUUUUUGUCUUCGUCAUAAUUUUGCUCUCUGGAGAAUUUACGUCUUUUAAAAUCAGCGUCACAGCUUAAGUUAUCUUUUCCCAAUAAUAGAUAAGUCAGAGCAUAUCGGAGUGCUAAUUUAAUUCACUUCAACUAUAACCAGAAAAUCCAAAUUUGACGGAUAACAUUCCAAGCACUAAGCAGCACUCACUGCAGCAGAAUGCAAAACGAAAAUACUAAUCAAAUUCCAAAUACUUCCCAAAAAGACUUAUCCCUUGAAGAUAAAAAUGGCCCCAACCUAAUUGUGACCAAUGUAAGAAGCCUUUCUGACAAGAAUACGACUUCAGGAGAACAUGAUGAUAUGAUGUCUCCACCACCGGAAAAGAAAGUGAAAGCUAGUGAAAGUUCAUCUAACGAUGAUCCAGGCAAGACCAGCGAUAACUCAGAACCUCUCAAACAAGUGACUUUCAUAUUUCUCACCAGAUCAACGCCACUCCCUUCACCAGUUGUCAAUCUGGGGUCACAGUUACCUAUUAACGAUACCCAGACCUCAGCAGAUCCUCGGACAACUACAACAGCCCCAAUCAGGAACCAACUAAGUAUUUGCAUGAUCUGCAAUAAUGAUCUUAACCCAGCGAAAUCUCCAACGCUGUCAGCUCGGGCUCAAACUAAAUGUCAACUCAUCAACGGAGUAGAUCCCAAAGUGGGCGACUUGUUAAAAUGGGUAGUUUAUGAUGAGAAUUUAUUACAACACACCUUUCACUCGCUGCCACCUCCCCCACCAAAAUCUAUAGAACGGAGAAAGUUGUGCUCUCCUUGCUCUACUCAUUUAAAAAAUGUGUACGAGUCAGUCAAAAAAUUGAGAAAAGCAUUCAACCCGGAAGGCUACUUGGGGAAUUAUAUUAUGAAAAAAGACGAAGCUAUCUCACAAAAUACGACAGCAACUCCGAAAUAUACUCGCACCGUGUCUACCCAGACAUGGAGCCCACUAACUAAAACUAAAGACGUAUUGUCUAAACCAAUUAGUGCCCAGAUUAAGGAAUCCGUCAAAAAUGUCCGGCAGCACACCUCAUUUACACAGUCUGUUCGCAAAAUGCUACGACAGCAAAUGAUCAGUCUUACCAAGACGAACGGAUUACUAAAUUAUACCGGGGGCGAAACUGGGUCCGAAGAUUUGAACUUUACACAAAUAAAUAAAGAUCUCGAGAUUUUCGUAAAGACAAAGUGUCCUCUGUUAUGGAAAGUAUUGCUUGCUCUAUUUCAGAGAAAUUAUAGGACGGCGGAUGUCAACUUUACUAUGGAAAUGCAAAUCGCACUUGGUAUAGCUGGGCGGGUGCAUAACCAAACUUGUUCCAGGUUGCAGAGGGAUAUGGCGAUUUUUCUGUGGAGGAACGGGGCGUCAAAAAAUGUGAUUGAAACUUUGCAUGGACUUGGACUUUCACGCUCGUACGUUGCGAGCCUGAAAUUGCCAGAGGUGAAACUAAUACCCAAGUCGCGUGUGAAGACGGCGAAUAAGAACAAGGAGAAUAAAAAGACUCUUAAAUUCAAAUCCACCAAGAAAAUUGUUCGCAAAUAUGCUGGUAUUGCUAAAAAUCGUGCAGCCAAAGUCAAGGCUGCAGUGUCGCCUUCCACAAAAUUAAAAAUCAAAAUUAAGACAAAGAAUAAAACUACUGGCUCGCAGAAAUAAAACUAUCUAAGUUUUGAAUAUUAAUUACGCAGAUAUUGAAUAUUAAUUUGAAUAUUACGCCGUAAAUAUCGUAAUAUCUUAAAAUUUAAAAAAUCAAAUAAAUUAAUUAUGAACCAAGUCAACCAAGAUUCACUUUUUGGAAAUAAGGAUUUGAGUUAACACAAUGUUUAGUAAUUUAUCACAUAUUGAGAGUAAUUAAUUUCCUAUUAUCCCAACUAUGUAUGUAUAUCUACUUACGAUAAGGGGUAUGCACUAGUUUAAACAUAAAAACUACUAAAAUAAUAUGCAUACAUGUGACAUGUGUAAUUUAUUGUUUCUAAUUCAAAUUGUACCUAUGUGCGCAUUGCGCAUAUACACAAUAAGAAAUAGAUUAGAAUAAUACAAUAUUAUUAAGAUCAGAAUGUCA